AUGCCUCUCCGCGCAGAACGGCCCAUAGUGCGCGUCGAGCACAGCUCCAUGCGCACCAUCGAAACCCGCAGCACCGAGAACCUGUUCGGCCUCUGGUCUGUCUUUGCAAGAUGCUCGCCCGCCAUGGAAGACGGCAAACGCUAUGAGAACAUGGCCUGGCGGCUGUGGUCCCGUGAGACCUUCUGCUGCCAGCCCGACCCUGUGGCUGCUCCCCAGUGGGCCUUCCAGCGACAAUUGUCCGCUAGUGCUACGGACAUGCCCGAGCUGUCUACCAGCGUCGCCUCCGACGACUCCAACCUGGAAAGCGCCAUCACCACGACUUCCCGAAGUGAUCUCUCGGCCGACCGCCCCGACCUGCGCCGCCACGACUCUGCUACCAGCCAGGCCCGCGGCAAGCACAUGACCCCCAUUGGCCUCGAGAAAGUCGUCAACUCGAUACAAGAGAAGAAGUUCAUCGAGCCGCUGUCGCCCCUCCCAGCCCAGCUCGCCCCACCUGUAGCCGAGCAGAAGCCCGUCCAGGACAACACCACGCCACCAUCUACCGCCCGCCCCAUUCCCGAAGCCUCCACUUCCACCGUAGCCACCUCGGUCAGCUGCGACAUCAUGAGCCCUGCCGUCGGCUCCGAAGCCAGCACAUCCACCGACGUGAGCGAGCACAGUGUCGUCCGCGGCUUCGAGCCCGGCCACAUCUCCACCUCAGUGCGAUCCAGCACCAACCUGAACCCUACCCCCAUCCUCAAGAAGACGUCCAGCUUCGUUACCAAGCCGCUUCCCGCAAAGGCCGACGCCAGCAAGAAGAGGCAGCCCAUGUUCACUCUCGGCGGAUCCUCCGAGGAGGAGAAUGGCAGCUCCUUCGAAGCCUACUCGCUUCAACGCAGCUCUCUCUCACAGCAGCUGCGCAACACUGCUCCCAUGCGCAAGACUACCUCCUUCAAGAACGAGGUCAGCACGCGCACCUUCCAUGACGUGUCCGAGAGCAGCGAAGCGGCCAUUGAGAGCGACAGCGAAGACGACGAUGUCGACGAGAGCGCCAUUGAAGAGGAAGACUCCGAUGAGGAGUGGGAGGAUGACGACAACGAGGAGAGCGGUCCCCCCAGCGUUGCUGAGCACCGUCCUCAGUUCCCGCGUGUCGACUCGCAGGCCAACCUUACCUCCCGCCGCUCGCUUCUCACUACUGCCCUCCACCAAGGUGACCGCGCAUCAGCUCUGCAAAAUGCUGCAUCGCGAUCAUCACCUGCCAUCCGAAGGUCACGCACCCAUACACCAAACGGACCUUCCGCCGGCAGCUCACCUCACGAGGACAGUGGCUUGAUGAUGCGCGAGCAAGCCUCCCGCCCAAAGCCUAUCAUCAUGACUACCUCAAACGUCCACCCACCUGCCAUGUCUCCCAAGACUACGCGCAGGAACAUGCUGACCAGUGAGCUCACUGGAUCGCUAAGACAAAACCUGCUGUGGGAGAGGCAGCAAAAGAAUGCCACCACUAACGCGGUAGCAAAGCGCCAACAGAGCGCAGUCAACCUUCCAGCCCUCCGCCGGGCCAUGACCACCGGCGACGUCAAGGGUCUAAACACCAACGAGCAACAAGCUCAAAUCAGAUCCACCACUUUCCGGGACGACAACAAGCCCGACAGCUCAUACAACCAAUUCUUUGAUGGCGGAGACGCCCAAGAAUACCACCGCUCCGGCUGGUAG